AUGGAUUUACGUGUAGUGAUUGAUAAAAGUGGUCGGAAAGGACAGGACGGACCUUGUGGCGAAAAUGGAAUGGCAGGAAGUUGUGGAACUAAUGGUAUUCAAGGGAUUAAUGGAAAUUACGGAGGUAAUGAUGGAACAUUGGGAGGUAAUGGAGGUCAUGGCUCACAUGCAACCAAUGGAACGAAGGGAUUGCAUGGAGAGAAUGGAUCUCAUGGAAGUGACAUUCAUAUUGUGUUAGAUUAUUUUUCACCGACGCACAUGACGCUUUGUGACGUCAAUAAUUUAAAUUUUCAAAACAAUCAAAUAGUUCCAAUGAAAGAUGGGUCUGUAGUGCUCAUCUCACGAGGUGGAGAUGGUGGAAAGGGUGGAGAUGGUGGAGAUGGUGGAAAAGGAGGUGAUGGUGGAUGUGGUGGUCAAGGAGGAGAUGGUGGUCCAGGAUUGAAUGGAAAACCAGGAGAACAUGGAGCAAAUGGUGGAAGAGGAGGAGAUGGUGGCAAUGGUGGAAAUGCUGGAGAUGGAGGAAAUGGAGGCUGUGGAGGAAAUGGAGGAAAUAUUAUCAUUGAUACUCGAAAUCCCUAUCUCUUAAAAUUUGUAUCUGCCUCAACUGAACCAGGAAUGGGUGGUAAGGGUGGAAGGGGAGGUGAAUUUGGUCGACCAGGAUUUGGAGGAAGACCUGGAAAUGGAGGAAAUGGAGGAAUGGGAGGUAUGGCAGGUCCACAACUGGUCUAUCAGGCACCACCUGGACAUUCACAACCCAAACCACCACAAUUAUCGAAUGGACAGAGAGGACCUAAUGGAAAUAUGGGACUUGCAGGAUAUAAUGGAGCACCUGGAAGAAGUGGAUUACAUGGAGUGGAUGGUCUCGAUGGUCACAUGGGAUCUGUCAUGUUUCGAGUGUUGGAUGCAAAUAAUCAAAUUCUUGAACAAUCUUCCACUUGUUAUUCACUCAAAGUGAAAUCUUUUUCCUUACAAGUCCUUCGAGAGGAACAAGAAGAAGAUGAUGGAGUGUUAGAACCUGGUGAAUUGGUAUGCUUUAAGAAUAUCAUACUCACGAAUGAAGGAGGAUUGACCUUACCUGUUGGAACUGUUAUAACCAUACCUGAUCAUCAUUCGAAAGAGAUUUCUUUCCUGUCGAAUCAUGUUUCAUAUAUUUUAAAUGUACCAUUAAGACCCUACGAGGAUUUUAUCAUUCCAGACCGUGUUGGAUUUGGAGGUCAAAUUUCAGAAAGAAAAAGUGCUAUACUUGUUGGAGAUACCUUCUCAUCAAAACUCGGUAUUGAAAUUUGUUCGGAAUUGAGUGGAUCGAAAUUUGAAGCAUGUUGUCAGAAGCAGAAUUAUCAAGUUCAGUAUCCUGUGUGUUUUGAAUUAAUGUCAGCAACAGGAACGAUUGGAAAGAAGGAAUUGGCUACAGUGAUUGUGACGAUACGAAAUGUGUCAACUGUCAUGGCUUAUGGAAUUCAAAGUGGAACUGAUGGAUCAAAGCGAAGAGUAGCAAUACAAAUGGAGUUUGAUCCAAGACUAAUUUUACACAAGAAUAGUGAAGAUUCCAUGACCUCUCAAUGGAUUUCUAAUGGAAAUUCAGUGUUUGUUGAAAUUCCAAACAUUCAUCCAUCCGAUUCAUUCACACAAGUCUUUUUUGUUGAAAUGAGUGAUCGUAUUCAAUAUUUUGAACAUGCCACUAUUAAGGCAACUCUUUUAUUGAGAAAUAUUCCUAUUGAACAACAUGAACGAGCCAUUCGUUUCACUCCAACCUAUUAUCCACCCUCUGCUGGUGAAAAUAAUUUUGAUUUAAUCUUUUUCACAGAUUCCCAUUUAUCGAGAAUUGAAUUUUUAACUUAUACUCAAGUCUUUGAUGGACUCUCACUCUCAGUGAAUUAUUGGGACAUUGAAAAGUAUCAUGGAGUUUCAUAUGUAGAUGCAUUACCUUCUCAUGAAAAGAAUUCUCCAUUGCAAAGACAUUCACCUGCUUCAUGGGUCAAUGAUUGUCAUGGAAAAGUAUUAUUAUAUCCAUUAAGACAAUAUACACAAAUGGAUGAAAUUAUUUCAACAAGUUCCUCGUCCCAAAUGGAUGCUCGAAUGGAUGCUCGUGAUAUUUUCAAAGCAGUUGCUGGAUUUGAUAUUCUUCCUACCACCACCUCAACAUUGAUGGGUCAUCCACUCAGUUCCACGAGUACGACUACGAUCAAUAUAUCUGAAUCCCUUCUUACAAGUAGUAGCAUGGAGAGUCGUUUGGAUGGUUCAGUAGCAGCAACAGCAACAACAACCGUAGAUUCAACGGACCACUCGGAACUGGCACGAACUGAUUUUGGAGGAUUGAUUUUCAUUGGAAAUGUAGAUGCUGUGCAAUUUGUACAACGUUUGUAUCAGGCAUGUCCUUUGAAAGAAAUUCCAGAGAAAGACCUGAGUGAAAAUUUAGUGGUUUCGAGUCCUACCUUGGAAAUGUUUCAGAAAAAGUAUACCGAAUUUCACAAAAAGUUGCUCUCUCAGAAACCAAAUGGAUAUUUCCAAUUGUGUAGUAGUGAUUUCUCACCAAAACCAAAACAAGGUGUGUUUGCAAAAACACUUCUUGGCAAGGGAACCUAUAAGGAGAUUCCACUCUCAGUCACAGAUCCAAUCCUUGCCAUUACGACCAUGAGUGGAGAUGGAACAAACUUUCUCUCAUCUGAUUCACAAGUGAAUUUCAACUCGACGCAAUUUGAAGCUGGAUCGAAUAUGGGAAGACUAGUGAACGCCAUAUUAUGUUCAUUACCCAUUUCCAAGUUAUUUUCCAUUCUGAAAAAUCCAACUCAAUGGCUAAAAGCACUCAUAGUUGUUACUGAAAUAGAAGGAACUCGACAAUCCAUGAGAUAUGUUCAUGCAUUGAUUUGGGCCAUCUAUUUCAAAUUAUAUCAUGCUGUAGUGUUUAAUGAGAAUUUACAUUGGCUAUGUAAUUUUAUUUUGGAUGAGUUUGAAAAGAAUGCAUCCACUUAUAAGGUUCACCCAGAGAGAGAUGUUUUGUGUGAAACUAUUGUCAUGGCAUUGGCGGAUUUAGAAAGAAAAAUCAAAUGGAAACAAUCCUUGUUUUCCAAGUCGAUUGAGCAAAAACAAGUCUAUGACAAGUUCAAAGCAAGUCUUGAAAAUUUGAUCUAUCAAAAGGUGAUUGUUGAUACCAAAACUUCGACAGCCAUUAAGAAGUCAGUGAAGAAACGAAUCAAACACAUGGAUGUCAAUUAUUUCUCUUUUCAUAUCAAGUGGAUCACUCGAUUGAUGGUGAAUGGAGGUGGUCUUCAAUUUGAAAAUGAACGAUUAUUGACGGAUAAGAGUACAAAAUCAACCUUUAGCUCCAAAUCAGAGGACGAUCAAUCUGAAUAUUUAUGGCAGUAG